GGCCACCCAAGCGCUCUCCUGUUCCAUCCACCGAAGGCACAGUUACUGCUGGGACCCCGAGAAGCAACCCUCCGCCCCGGGGCGCGAUCCUCCGAGCGGCGGCGGCAGCGGCUGUUGCUAAGGCAGGGGGACGCGCGGGGAAGCGGCCCGGAAGGCUAGAGGGGGGGCUGACCUCUCCAACAACCCUCCCCCCGGGAAGGCGCACCCCGAAACCGCCGCGACCCCUCGAGCACCGCCCGGAAAGGACUGUGUGUGUGUGUGGGGGGCGCCAAGGGCAGAUACGAGCGCCCGGAUCUCCGCAGCACCCCGAGGAGGAACCCAGCUCCCCUCGCUCUCCCCAGCGCGCGCCCCGGGGAUGGAGCCGCAGGCCGGCGGCGCCCGGAGCUGCCGGCGAGGGACCCCCGGUGGUGCCUGCGAGCUGGGCCCGGCGGCCGAGGCGGCGCCCAUGAACCUGGCCAUCCACAGCACCACGGGCACCCGCUACGAGCUGUUGGUGCCGUCCGACGAGACGGUGGAGGGGCUGCGCCGGCGGCUGUCCCAGCGCCUCAAAGUGCCCAAGGAGCGCCUGGCGUUGCUGCACCGCGACACCCGGCUCAGUUCGGGGCAGCUGCGAGAGUUGGGCGUGGGGAAUGGCAGUAAAUUGACGCUCGUGCCCACCGUGGAAGCGGGACUCAUGUCCCAGGCCUCCCGGCCCGAGCAGUCAGUCAUGCAAGCACUGGAGAGUCUCACGGAGACGCAGCCCCCAGCAGUGCCCGGGCCAGGCCGGGCUGGCCAAGGAGGUUUCCGGAAGUACAGAUUCAUUUUAUUUAAGCGUCCAUGGCACCAACAGGGAGCCCAGAGCCCAGAGAGGGGCGGCGAGAGGUCCCAGGUUAGUGACUUCCUGUCUGGCCGCUCACCGCUGACCCUGGCCCUGCGAGUGGGGGACCACAUGAUGUUUGUCCAGCUGCAGCUGGCCGCCCAGCACACCCCGCUCCAGCACCGCCACGUGCUGGCCGCUGCAGCCGCCGCGGCUGCUGCCGCUCGUGGAGAAGCCAGCGUGAGCACCCCCGUGGCCUCUCCAUGCCGGCCAGUGUCCAGCACUGCCCGAGUCCCCCCAGUGCCCGCCAGCCCUGCCCCCACGCCCGUCACAGCCGGUUCCUUCCGUUCCCACGCAGCGUCCUCCUCCUGCCCCGAGCAGAUGGAUUGCUCUGUUGCCACCAGCAGCAGCGUCAGCCCUGGGGCGGCCAGCACCUCUUCCAGCCAGGGGAGCAGCAGUCCUACCGCCGCCGCUGCCACCCGCUCCCGCAAACCCGGGGCUGUCAUUGAAAGCUUCGUGAACCACGCCCCGGGGGUCUUCUCAGGGACCUUUUCUGGCACGUUACACCCCAACUGCCAGGACAGCAGCGGGCGGCCGCGGAGGGACAUUGGCACCAUCCUACAGAUCCUCAACGACUUGCUCAGCGCCACACGGCACUACCAGGGCAUGCCUCCCUCGCUCACCCAGCUCCGCUGCCACGCGCAGUGCUCGCCCACUGCGCCCAGCCCCGACCUCACCCCCAAAGCUACCUCCUGCGAGAAGCUGGCGGCCGCCCCCCCAUCCUCCUCGCUGCUGCAGGGCCAGAGCCAGAUCCGCAUGUGCAAGCCCCCGGGAGACCGGCUGCGGCAGACAGAGAACCGGGCCACACGCUGCAAGGUGGAACGGCUACAGGUGCUGCUGCAGCAGAAACGCCUGCGCAGGAAGGCCCGGCGGGACGCCCGAGGCCCCUACCACUGGCCACCCAGCCGCAAGGCCGGCCGCAGCGACAGCAGCAGCAGCAGUGGCGGCGGAGGAGGCCCCGGCGAGGCCGCUGGCCUGGGCCUGGACUUCGAGGAUUCCGUCUGGAAGCCUGAAGUGAACCCGGACAUCAAGUCCGAGUUUGUGGUGGCCUAGGCUCAAACACCUCCCCUCCCCACCAGCCAGGGCCGGGCCGUGCAAGGGGCAGCCUCUCUCUCUCUCUCCCUCCCUCUCUUUCUCUUCCUCUCUUUCUCCCUCCGUGGCUCCCUGUGGAGUUGGCCUCCUGCCACAGGCUCCCCACCCACCCAGCCUUUCCCAGCUGGCUGACCCCAGGAAGCCACCCCCACCCAACCCCUUCCGAUCUGCCGUCCCACCAACACCGCCAACACCACCACCUGAUUCAGGUUCUAAGUCAGAAACGGACACGCCUCACAAUGCACUUUACAGAAAAGGGGAGGCCCUCGCAGUGAGCGGCCUGCACCCGGCCACGGCCGCCAGGGCCCACCCAAAGCACCGCGUGGCAGCCGCGUCUUUUCCUCUUUUUUUUUUUUUUUCUCUGUGUUUUUUUUUUUUUUUUUUCCCACUGUCCCCUUUCCUUCCUGGGAGAAACGAAGCUGCAGGAGGGGCCCGCCCUCCUGGCCUGGCCCGGCUAUUUAUAUAAUAAGACUAUGAGCUUUCCAACUGAGCCAUUGUGGUUGGGGGGGGGAUCUGGAAAAAGUGGGAGAGGAAUUGUGGCAAGGCACGCCUGCCCACUGCCUACCCAGAUGGCUGGUCUCCCGAGGGACCUACCCCGGUGGGCGCGGUGGGCCUCUGGCGGCCUCCGCUGUGAAAGGCCCCAGCUGAGGGCCACGCUGUAGCAUUAGCCCCUGAGGGGGGUCCGCUGCUGGUCUAACUUGGACCCACCCCCAGUCAGUGCCCAGGCCUGGGGGUGGGACCCUCCCCCCUUACUUGGGGCCAUGUCAGUAGGGGUGGAGUUUUAUGUGGGUCCCCCUUCACAUUCUGUUCCUUUUUUUUUUUUUUUUUUAAUGAUCCUGGGAUGUUGGGGUUCCCCCCCCACACCUGUUUGUCACAGUCUGGCCCUAGAGGAGUUUGUGAAUGAACUUGUGUUGCCUAGAGUUCUGUACAUUUGUGUGGGGGGGUGGGUAGGGAGGGGUCACAGUGGAUGGAGAUGGAGGGUUCGGUUCAUUUUUUUGUGUUUUUUUUUUUUAAAGGAAAGAAAAAAGGGGGUGGGUUUGUUUUUUUGAGAAAUUGUCUUGGAUACUUAUUUAAAUGUGUUUUUUUAAAAUGAUUUUUAAAUAACCCUGUGUGUGCCUGUGAGGGCUCUCCCUCCACCCCAAGAAAGCAUUACCCGCCCCUUGGGGUGUGGGGCUGGGGGGGGGUGGCUGGCACUCCGUGUGCAUUUCCUGUACCAACACAGGAUUGAGAAACUUAGAAGCAGCAGUGCAACUUCCAGUAAUAAAACAAAAUACCACAGGA